ACAACAAAAAGCAAGUGCACUUAGGCAUAAUUGUAUCGUUAUGCGAUAGGUUUGUCAACAUUUUAAAAGACUAUGGCAAUCCUAAUCUCCCAUACGCCACCCAGCAUCAUUCCUCCAUUGUUUACAUUUCUGUCAAGUACGAAAAACAGCAUCAUUUCCUGAAAUUUAUGAAACUCUCCACAUCAUUG